CGUUAUUAUAUGCUGCGCAUGCGCACUAGCUGAGUACUGCAGAGAGGAAUCCCGCAGCUGUCAGGAGCGUUCAGGAAUCUGUCUGAGUAAUGGCUCCAGAGCGAUGAAGGACGCUGUGUAACCCGCUGAGGACAGAAGUUUACCCGGGCAGCUUCGCUUGUCGCCAUGGCCUCUCUAACCGUCAGCUCGGCGGCUCAGAGCAUCGACAAGCAUCGCAAGUCCUUUUCGCUGCUCUUCUACCGGGCUGUGCGGGACUUGAAGCCGGUCUGGAUGCUGGAGGAUGUGCGGACCAUGGAGACCUUUUACCAGGAGGAGGACUCCAGCCAGAGGAUUUAUACCCCGUCGGAGGCUUUGCUAUACGCUAUAGUUCACGAUCACCAGGCGUACGCGCAGUACCUACUCAACCGGUUCACGGACGAAGCGCUGGCGAAGCCCGGGGAGCGCUUCUGCUGCUGCCCGUCCUCCGCUCCACACCUGGCCAUGGCUGUCCGCUACGACAGGCGCUACAUUCUGGGCCUCAUCUUACAGGAGACCCACCGGUCACCCAGGUCGCCCUCCUACACGGACCGAGCCGGGUGUUUUCACAUGGAGGACGGCAGGACGCCUCUACAUCUGGCCUGCGAGCUCCUGCGGCCCGAGGCGGUCAUCAUGCUGCUGGGGAGCGGGGCGUCCCCGCACGCCCUGGAUCACAACGGCUUGACGCCGCUGGAUGUCAUUCUGGAGAAACUCAGGGACCCCAAGGAGGCGAACGGCGGGGCGAGGAGGCAGUGUCUGGACAACCUGCUCAUGUUCAUGCCAAAUGUUCACUUUAAAAUGAAAGCGGCUCUGAGAAGAGAGCCGGAGCGGUGGAGCAAGGUGCUGGGCGAGGAGACGUACAUGUACCUAACAGGAAGGAGCCCGGCGCCGCUGGUCCUCACUGCCAUGCAGAAUAUUCUAAAGCAGCUGAGCCCUGCGACCUUCCAGGACAGUCUGCAUGAGCUGCCCAUCCCCUCCUCUCUGAAACCGCCCGGCCUGCCUGUGACCCCCCGGGACAGGAGGAGGGUGGUGUAGCAUCAGUAUGACAUGAUGCAUGCUCCACUGUGUUCUGUUUUAGCAUGAUGUGUGUUUGGGAGUGUGUGUUUGAAGAGCUUAUCUGUCUGUAAAGCGGUAACACUUCAUUAUAGGGCUGCACAAAUAAACACUAACAGUCAGGGAACGAAUGAAUCUUACCUAAAGAUGUGACUUUUAUCACACAGUUAGUCCACUGAUUGGAUUUACUGGGAGCUGGAGGCUGAUGGGACCGUGGAGGCAGUUUGCAGGGCAGCCAUCAGUGGGAACACCAAGGAAUAUACAGCCAUAUUCUUAAACUUUUUUACACUAAUACAGGAAUUCAUAAGCAGUUUAUUUGUCUAACCUCAUUCUAAAGUGUUACCUACUAAUACUACUGCUAUUUAAGCCACUGUAUCAUAUCAUAGUAGACAGAUACUGAUGAGUACAGUCUACAUGACCUGUGUUACUGGUGAUUUUAAUUUAUUCUGGGUUUUAUUUAACAUUAAUGAUGAAGAAAGUGAUCUUAUAGAUCAUUGGAGAAUAUCAGGUGACUUGAAAACUCUUUGGA